AUUUAAAACUUUUCAAACACACUUUAUUAAUCUCAAUAAUAUUUUUCAUAACAUAUACAGUACGGAGUAUUUAACAAUAUUGCGGAAGCGAAUUUAAUAUUGACAUAUCAUAAAUCAUUUCAAAACUUGUCACAUCCAUCCCGACAAUCUCGCCCCAUNUAUUCACAAUAUUUUAUUUUAAGUCAUUUCAUGAUAUAUUCAAUAUUAAAUAUUUCAUCAGUGCUCUUAAAUUAUUCUUAAUCUAAGGCCAAAUCAUUUUUAUACAAGCUCUUAGCUAUCCCUAGUCUAAGGCAAUAUUUCUAACCAGGCCCUUAAACUAUAAAUAGUUUAAUGCAGAACACAAGAAUCGAUAAUCCACCCUAUGAGUCAUGUGGAUUACGUACCAACCGAAAAGUGAACUGUCGGGUGGGUGAUAUCGGUUCUGGAUCCCGUACGUACGUUUUAACCCCGAAAUAUGAAUUGGUCAAGGAGGUAUAUCUUAGAGUUCUUCUAGAUAUCCUUAAUAAUCAUCAUCAAUUUUCCAAGUGGGUAUAUCUUAGAGUUCUUCUAGAUAUCCUUAACAAUAUACAUCAUUUUCAUAAUCAUCAAUAUAUUCAAUUUUUUAAAUCAUAAUUUAAUCAUUCAUUAAAGAGAAGCGAUCAUAAUGGUGAACAAUAUGGAUCAUGGUUUGCCCAAGUUCUCUCUUCUAGGUUAUGAUGAUGGGAAGAUCAUGAUGGAAGCACACCUCUAUGCCCUACAUAACUGCAUGUGGAUGGUGCUUGAAGAUGGACCCUUGAAAAUCCAAAUGGAGAAUCCAGAGAGGAAUCCAACCAAUCCAGAAGUGGUCCAGUACAUUCCAAAGCCCAAAGAGAAAUGGGAUGAUAGAGAUUGCAAAAAGCACAAUCUGGACAACGUCACCAAAGCAGCCAUCUUCAAGACACUUGAUCCCAUCACCUUCUCCAUGAUCAAGCAUCUCAAGACUGCCAUGGAGAUAUGGCAAGGUCUUGGGAAGUUAUGUGAGGGAUCGGAGGAUCUGAGAAAGCAGGAGAUAGAGGUCUUGCUCGAGAAGUUAAAAAGCUUCAAAAUGUUUCCCGGAGAAUCAUUCGAUAUGUUGGAUGAAAGAUUCCACAAAAUCUUGAAUGAUCUUGCAUCACUUAACCACGUUCUUUCUCCCAAAGAAAAGAAUGUAAGAACCUAUGAGCACAAGCUGAAGAAGAAAAAGGAAGAACAAGUCACUUCAUUUCCCACGGCACUAAUGACAACUCCCAGAGUCCCAGCAAGCGAAGGGACAUGCCCAAGGAACUGUGACACUCCUUCAUCCAGUCAGCCACCUAGCUCAAAAACGGAGAACUACGAUGAGGAAUUUGCAAUGAUGAUCAAGCAGUUCCGAAAGUUCAAGAAGUUCUUCAAGAAAACUGACUUAGUCAGAAGGCCAUCCAAGGGAAAGCUACAGGUAAGCGACUCCCCUGUUGAAUCUUAUUUGUGUUAUAACUGCAGGAAACUUGGCCACGGGAAGUCAGCAUGCCCGUACCCAAAAGUGGAGAAGUACGGAGAAAGAGAAAGAAACGAGAAGAAGAAGAAGGCAAUGGUAGCAGUUGAGAGUGACGAGUCAUCCAGCUCAAGCUUGGAUGAAGAAGCCCUCGUCUGCAUGGAGCGCAGAGCUGAGAAGUCCAACCAAGAGGAUCGGUGGACUAUGUCAGAAGAUGACACUCUCUGCCUAAUGGCCAAAGAUGAUGCUGAACAAGAGGUAACAUCACAAACCUCUUGCUCAUCUUCUUAUGAAAGCAUACCAACUUCUGAAAAUCUUUUUGACAAGUUCAAAAAGAUGAUGGAAGAUUUUGAGGAAAUAAAUCUUAAACACUCAUCCUUAACAGAACAAAACAAGCUAUUGAGUGAAGAGAAUCUCAAGUUGACUGAAGGUCGGAAAAGUCAACUAAGUGAGAUCACUCAACUCAAGGCUGAGAAUGAAUCUCUUUCUGAAAAGGUGAAAUCCCUCAACAAGGAGCUAGGGUUACUAAAGUCCAAAGAAGCAGUGGAUAAGCUUCUUGAAACGACCAAACAUAAGGGUCGUGAAGGACUUGGUUUUGACCCCUCCAGUUCCAAAAGGAAAGGGAGAGCAACUUUUAUCCCUCCCAAACCUACUGCCAAACCUAAUAAGCAGAAAGACAAGGAUGAAGAAACCAAUGAAGGAGACAGAAUGAAGCCUACGGAGUUCAUUCCAUUCGGAAGUCUACCACUGAAGACUUCACAAAGAAAUCCGGAUUCAGACGGUGCUGAGCCUACCAGAAAUCAUGGCCAGCCUUCCAAUAUUCCGGAUCACUCAAAUGGCGACAAUUCCGGAAGUGGUGACCUAGUGCCAAUCCAUCCGGAAUCACCAACAAAUUAUGUUCUUCAACUUGAAGCUGAACUAGAUCAACCAGUCAACCCUAAUCAAAACAAUCUUCGUUGGUUAAGGGAUCAUCCUCCUCAACAAGUCAUUGGAGGCAUUCAAUCCGGCGUUCGCACAAGGAGUUCUCAACAGAAUCUAGAAGCCAUGCUUGCUUGUUUCAUUUCACAAGAACUCUCCGAAUUCCUUCAUCUGGAUAUCGGCUUCAAGUAUGAAGAAGAAGUUCUUGAAUUCUACAAGAACGGGAAGAUCUCAACGAUUCAAUCCAAGAAGAACCCACAGAGGACGAUUCAAGUAAUUAAGUCCACUGUUGGAGGCACCAAGGUGAAGAUUUCUCAGAAGAAAUUGAUGAAAAAGCUCCAUCUUCCCAAUUCUGGAAUUGAAAUUGGGAAGCUCCCGUCCAAGAAUCUGGACUGGAAAACUAUUGGGAUUUCUGGACAAAUCCCCUCUGGCCCAGCAAAGAAGGCCGACUUGAAGAAUGACUACAAAUUGGUCCUAGAGCUAGUCAUUGCAUGCCUAGAAUGUGGCAGUGGAGGACAUGCAGAUGACAUAACUCAAGAAAGGGCAUUCAUCAUCAACGCCCUCAUUACCAGAACCAAGAAGUAUGAUGCCAGAUAUUGGCUCUACUAUCUGUCUUCUAAAGGAGAAAACAGAGCUAGUUCAACUGCAGAAGAUGAAGGCUCUUCAGACAAUGUCCUAAUUAAGAAGAAGAAAAGAAGAAUCUCAUCUCCCUCUACAUCUGGAAAUGCAAAUCCGGAUGACUUGGUGGAAAAGGAACCAUUUGAGGAAGCCCUUGCACACAACCAGAGUCCUCAACAACUUGAUAAAGAAAUCCCUCAAGACCAGAGUCUGCCAUCUCCUCCAUCACAAGCUCAAACUGAUGAUGAAGUGAGCAAAUUCAUGCAGCUUUACUAUGAUUGGAGAGCUUGGAAGGUUGGAAACUCUGCAGAUCAGUUGUUAGAAUGGGAUCAACAACUGAAGAAUGAGAAGGUCAUCAAGAGGUGUUUGGGACUGCCAAUCAACUACUGUUGUGAGCAAAUUCUGGAUGAUGAAUGGGUAUGGCAGAAAACCUAUGAGGAUCUACAUCUGGAAUACUUGGCCACCUCUCCAACUUCAGAGUUUGAAGCUGAUGAUGAGGACCCGGCUGUUUACAAACCAAUCCUCUCAAAGCCAACUGAAGAUCAGACUGUCCUCAUCACUGAAGCACAGGCUGACAUGGAAGCCACAGCUGAAGAUUUCCAAGUUUUUCCGGAAACCUCACCUGCUUUUGAUACUGUUCUGCCUGAAGCUGUUCAGGAGAAUGCAGCUACUCCCCAGCAAGAACAGAUUCAAACAACAUCUGAAGAAGAGCUUCUACAAUCCAUACAAUUUCAGGUUCAAGAGAUUCUCUCAAGCCCUUUUGAGAUCUCCAGCUCAACAGAACCUGAAAAUCUGGAAAAGUUAACAGAGAAUCUGGAAAAGUCACCUCUUCUAGAAACUACAGAGGAAGGAGCUCAAGAAGAACCAGCCAUUGAAAUCCAUAGAAGCUUUGAAGAAGCUGUAGAAGCAGCUCAAAUAGCUAGGCUGGAGGCCUCUGAACCUCCAGUAGCUAUCUUUGAGCAGCAAGAUGAAGAUGAAGUCAGAGAUUCCCUCUCUAGAGAUAUCUCAAAUUAUGGAAAAGAAGAAUGUUAAGCGUGUCGUAGCACCUACAAAUUAGUUUAUUAUUUUCCUUAACUUCAAUCCCCCUUUAUGAACUUGUAUUCAUUAAAACAUAUAGAUAGGG